UGUGGUCUCGCAGCAAGUAGCACAGAGCAGCACCUGCGAAGAUCUCCACCACUCCCAAUGCAGUUACCGCUCUCGUUAGGUUUCAUUGGUUCAGCUCUCCGUGCUCCCAACUAUAUAUCGAGACCUUUCACCAGAGCUGUGCUCUCCAAGAACACUAACUUCGACAGACAACCCGUCACCAUCCUCAACAUGGCCGCCUCCACCGCCACCGCCGGUGCCGCUGCUGGGGUCUCGGUGGGCAUCGUACGGGGCUUUCCCGGGGCUGUAGGCAACACCCCGCUGGUUCGGCUCGGCAGCCUCAGCGACAAAACGGGGUGCGAGAUACUGGCCAAGGCCGAGUGGAUGAACCCGGGGGGUUCCGUGAAAGACCGCGCCGCGAAGUACCUCAUCAUGGACGCCGAGAAGAAGGGGGUUCUCAAGCCGGGAGGCACCGUGGUGGAAGGGACUGCGGGUAACACCGGCAUCGGAUUGGCCCACAUGUGCCGCGCGAAGGGCUACAAAUGUGUGAUUUACAUCCCCGAGACGCAGAGCAAGGAGAAGAUGGAAGCCCUGAGGGGCCUCGGGGCAGAGGUAAGGCCGGUGCCGGCGGUGCCGUACAAGGACGAGAUGAACUACAACCACCAGGCGAAGCGCUGCGCCGAGGAAAUGGAGAACGCUGUGUGGGCCGAUCAGUUCGAUAACCCGGCCAACCAGCUCGCUCAUUACGAAACCACCGGGCCGGAAAUUCUGGCACAAGCGGGCGGGAAGAUCGACGCCUGGGUGGCGGCUGUCGGCACCGGUGGGACUCUGGCAGGCACGUCGCGGUUCUUGAAGGAAAACGUGCCGGGGAUCAAGUGCUUUGCGGCCGAUCCGCCGGGGGCCUCAAUGUUCGCAUACUACACCAAGGGCGAAAUGGAACGGUCGGAAGGCGGCUCGAUCACGGAAGGGAUCGGGCAAGGGAGAGUGACCGGGAACCUGGCGACGUGCGAAGGGUUGAUCGAUGGGGCUUUCUUGAUCCCCGACGCGGAAACGAUCGCGAUGGUCUACAACCUCUUGCACUACGAGGGCAUCUUCGUGGGAGCGUCUUCCGCGCUGAACAUGGUUGGGGCGGUCAAGACGGCGGAGGCUGUAGGGGCGGGCAAUACUGUAGUGUCGGUGCUGUGCGACGGAGCGGCGCGGUACCAGAGCCGGCUGUUCAGCAAGUCGUGGCUGACGGAGAAGGGGCUGUUCGAGAGCAUCCCCGAAGAGUGCCGGUACCUCAUCACCCUGGAAUAGAAACGCCAAAAGGUUGCAACAGGGCCACACUGGACUGCAUAGAGCAGCAGCACCACCGUUGAGUAGACGAAAUCGCAAUAACUUCGAUUUGAUCAGGAUCGCCCUCCAUACAUAGAGAUGACCGUCUUGGAGUAGUAGAGCCAUUUGGAGCGCGAAAGGUUGGGGGGAGAAGAAGAAACACGUGGAUCCACGGGCCAACUCUAUGAUUUCCGUUUGGGUGGUGGCAUGGUCUUUCGGUGUUGCCGCUAUGUAGAUAUUGGUGUUUUUUCCGUGUUUUUUCGGACAUGGAAGUCGGAAGCACUUGGUACCUGAACGACAUUGCGUCGCCUCUCCCUCCAGAACUCAUUCAGUUCUUGCCUCGGUGUGCAUGAGCACGGAUCGCGUUCGUCUGCUCCAAAGCAUCGUGUCGGUAGUGAGAGGCGAUCUGUAGGGUGUAAAUCCUCCUUUUAGUGUGUCGUUACAUGUGUGCGGUGAAGUGAACGUCGCCUCUGCGUCACUAGAAAAUAUCGUGCAAAACGGCGUGCAGGUAUC